CCCGGCCUUUCCUCAACACCUCUCCGCAACAGUUGUGAACGUGUUUUCCAGAAGCUUCCAUCGGGGAGCUUCGAGAAACCACCCCGUAAAGUAUAAAAAGACGUGAGCGUGGCCUGGUGGCCUGCAUAGAGUCAAAGGACACUCACGCGAACGCACGACAGGACAGACUUGACUGCACAGAAGCGGCAGCGAAGCGCAGCCUUGAACCUCUUCGAGAAGAACACACGAGAAAAGAAAGGAAGCCUUUCCGACGAUCCUACUAGAAAAGAAUUCGAGAUUUUAAUCGAGAUGCCUGAGAACGCUGGACACGUUAUGGAGGAGGAAGUGGAGACCUUUGCCUUCCAGGCUGAGAUCGCUCAGCUAAUGUCUCUGAUCAUUAACACCUUCUACUCAAACAAAGAAAUCUUCCUUCGUGAGCUCAUCUCCAACUCUUCAGACGCCUUGGACAAAAUCAGAUAUGAGAGCUUGACAGACCCCAGCAGACUCGAGUCUUGCAAAGAACUGAAGAUUGAAAUCCGGCCCGACCUGCACGCUCGCACCCUGACCAUUAUUGACACGGGCAUCGGCAUGACCAAGGCCGACCUGAUCAACAACCUGGGCACCAUCGCCAAGUCCGGCACCAAGGCUUUCAUGGAGGCGCUGCAGGCGGGAGCCGACAUCUCCAUGAUCGGUCAGUUCGGUGUGGGUUUCUACUCUGCGUACCUGGUAGCUGAGAGGGUCACCGUCAUCACCAAGCACAACGAUGAUGAGCAGUACGUGUGGGAGUCUGCCGCUGGUGGCUCAUUCACAGUCAAGCCUGACAAUGGAGAGCCCCUGGGCAGAGGCACAAAAGUCAUCCUUCACCUAAAAGAAGAUCAGACAGAAUACUGCGAGGAAAAGCGCGUCAAGGAAGUAGUCAAGAAGCACUCACAGUUCAUUGGCUACCCUAUUACGCUAUUUGUGGAGAAGACAAGAGAGAAGGAAGUGGACCUUGAAGAGGGGGAGAAGGAAGAGGAGGUUGAAAAAGAUGCUGCAGAGAACAAGGACAAACCAAAGAUUGAGGAUGUGGGAUCAGAUGAAGAUGAAGACACCAAGGAUGGCAAGAACAAGAGGAAGAAGAAGGUCAAGGAGAAGUACAUUGAUGCUCAGGAGCUGAACAAGACCAAGCCCAUCUGGACCCGCAACCCAGACGACAUCACCAACGAAGAGUACGGAGAGUUUUACAAGAGCCUCACCAACGACUGGGAGGAUCACUUGGCUGUUAAGCAUUUCUCAGUGGAAGGUCAGCUGGAGUUCCGUGCUUUGCUCUUUGUACCGAGGAGAGCUGCCUUUGACCUCUUUGAAAACAAGAGAAAGAGAAACAACAUCAAGCUUUAUGUGCGGAGGGUCUUUAUCAUGGACAACUGUGAGGAGCUGAUUCCAGAGUAUCUCAACUUUAUCAAGGGUGUUGUGGACUCUGAAGAUCUGCCCCUGAACAUCUCCAGAGAGAUGCUGCAGCAGAGCAAGAUCCUGAAGGUGAUCCGCAAGAACCUGGUCAAGAAGUGCCUAGAACUGUUCACGGAGCUGUCUGAAGACAAGGACAACUACAAGAAGUUCUACGAGCAGUUCUCCAAGAACAUUAAGCUUGGAAUCCACGAGGACUCCCAGAAUAGAAAGAAGCUGUCAGAUCUGCUGCGCUUCUACACCUCAGCCUCUGGCGAUGAGAUGGUUUCCCUCAAAGACUAUGUUUCUCGUAUGAAGGACAACCAGAAGCACAUCUACUACAUCACUGGUGAGACCAAGGAUCAGGUGGCCAACUCUGCCUUUGUGGAGCGCCUUCGCAAAGCUGGCCUGGAGGUCAUCUACAUGAUCGAGCCCAUCGACGAGUACUGCGUCCAGCAGCUGAAGGAGUAUGAUGGAAAGAAUCUGGUCUCUGUGACCAAGGAAGGCCUGGAACUUCCAGAAGACGAAGAAGAGAAGAAGAAGCACGAGGACCUCAAGAAUAAGUUUGAGAAUCUAUGCAAGAUCAUGAAAGAUAUCCUCGACAAAAAGAUUGAAAAGGUUGUGGUUUCCAACCGCCUCGUUUCCUCGCCCUGCUGCAUUGUCACCAGCACCUACGGCUGGACGGCCAACAUGGAGAGGAUCAUGAAGUCUCAGGCACUGAGGGACAACUCCACCAUGGGUUACAUGACCGCCAAGAAACACCUUGAGGUUAACCCAUUACAUCCAAUCAUUGAGACACUGAGGGAGAAGGCAGAGGCAGACAAGAACGAUAAGGCCGUGAAGGACCUGGUCAUCCUCCUGUUCGAGACCGCCCUGCUGUCCUCAGGCUUCACACUGGAAGAUCCCCAAACCCACGCCAACCGCAUCUACAGAAUGAUCAAGCUUGGUCUUGGAAUCGAUGAUGACGAUUCCGCAGUUGAGGACCUCAUUCAGCCGGCCGACGAAGACAUGCCAGUCCUGGAAGGAGAUGAUGACACAUCAAGAAUGGAGGAAGUUGAUUAAAAUACUUGCUAGACUUUUCUAAGGCUUAGGUUUCUAUUUUUUUAAGUUCAGUUACUUUCUAAAAGGAAUUUUUAUUUGCCACUUUUAAUUUUGAGAAAUGUCAACUUGUCAAGUUUUUUUUAUUUUAAUUUUAUUUAUGCACACCAUUACUGUUUUAGUUCUCAGUUUAAGUAUAUAUUUAUUUGGACGUUUUGAGAACACAGGAGUUAUGUAAAGUCAUUGGUAUUUGACUUCUUCCUCGUUUUGUAACUGUUACAUUUUGUAUGUUAAGCUUUUAAAUUUUUAAUAAAAACACAUGCAAACAAAA